AUGGCGGACGAGGACGGGGAAGGGAUUCACCCCUCAGCCCCUCACAGGAACGGAGGUGGCGGCGGCGGUGGGGGCUCUGGGCUCCACUGCGCGGGGAACGGCGGCGGGGGAGGCGGCGGCCCGCGGGUCGUGCGCAUCGUCAAGUCCGAGUCCGGCUACGGCUUCAACGUGCGGGGCCAAGUGAGCGAGGGCGGGCAACUGCGGAGCAUCAACGGGGAGCUGUACGCGCCGCUGCAGCAUGUGAGCGCCGUGCUGCCCGGGGGGGCGGCCGACCGGGCCGGGGUGCGCAAGGGGGACCGCAUCCUGGAGGUGAACGGCGUGAAUGUUGAGGGGGCGACACACAAGCAGGUGGUGGACCUGAUCCGAGCAGGCGAGAAGGAAUUGAUCUUGACAGUGUUGUCUGUGCCUCCACAUGAGGCAGAUAACCUAGAUCCCAGUGAAGACUCGUUGGGACAAUCAUUUUAUGACUACACAGAAAAGCAAGCUGUGCCCAUAUCGGUCCCCACAUACAAACAUGUGGAGCAGAAUGGUGAGAAGUUUGUGGUAUACAAUGUUUAUAUGGCAGGGAGGCAGCUGUGUUCUAAGCGGUACCGGGAGUUUGCUAUCCUACACCAGAACCUGAAGAGAGAGUUUGCCAACUUUACAUUUCCCCGACUUCCAGGGAAGUGGCCAUUCUCUUUAUCAGAACAGCAAUUAGAUGCCCGACGUCGGGGGUUGGAAGAAUAUCUAGAAAAAGUGAAAAACUACAAUGGUGUGUCCGACGUAGAACUGAGAGUAGCAUUACCAGAUGGAACAACAGUUACAGUCAGGGUUAAAAAGAACAGUACCACAGACCAAGUGUAUCAGGCUAUUGCAGCAAAGGUUGGCAUGGACAGUACAACGGUGAAUUACUUUGCCUUAUUUGAAGUGAUCAAUCAUUCCUUUGUACGUAAGCUGGCACCUAAUGAAUUUCCUCAUAAACUCUACGUCCAGAAUUACACAUCAGCUGUGCCAGGCACCUGCCUGACCAUUCGAAAGUGGCUUUUUACGACAGAAGAAGAAAUCCUCUUAAAUGACAAUGACCUUGCUGUUACCUACUUUUUUCAUCAGGCCGUUGAUGAUGUGAAAAAAGGUUAUAUCAAAGCAGAGGAAAAGUCCUACCAGUUACAGAAGCUGUAUGAACAAAGAAAAAUGGUCAUGUAUCUCAACAUGCUGAGGACUUGUGAGGGCUACAAUGAAAUCAUCUUCCCCCACUGCGCCUGUGACUCCAGGAGGAAGGGGCACGUUAUCACAGCCAUCAGCAUCACGCACUUUAAACUGCAUGCCUGCACUGAAGAAGGACAGCUGGAGAACCAGGUAAUAGCAUUUGAAUGGGACGAGAUGCAGCGAUGGGAUACAGAUGAAGAAGGAAUGGCCUUCUGCUUCGAGUAUGCACGAGGAGAGAAGAAGCCUCGAUGGGUUAAAAUCUUCACACCAUAUUUUAAUUAUAUGCACGAAUGCUUCGAGAGGGUGUUCUGUGAGCUCAAGUGGAGAAAAGAGAACAUUUUCCGGAUGGCGAGGUCACAGCAGAGGGAUGUGGCCACCUAGCCUUCCCUCACCCCUCCUC